CUCCAUCCUUUCAUCAUUGAACCCGUCUUGAGAAGAACAUGACUCGGUCGUGCCUUCCAUCAAUCAGCUUAUUGGUCGGAUUACAUAUUCAGCCGGGGGAUAUGGGCCGGACGCUGCCAUCCAUUCCAUACUAUGGUACUAUACCUACAAUACACAAUAAGAUCGAGGUAUCCACUUCUACUUGUCCCGCAAGAAUACCACCUCAUAGGGUCUGUGAAAAGAGCGGCGGGAUUGGAGGGUCAGGGUUAGAGAGAGAAAGAAAGAUAGAAAGAAAGAUAGAAAGAUAAGAGAGAUGAAUGGUUUCGUAUUAUAUAGAUCCGACGAAAGAAACUCAAUAGUAGAUGGACAAGAGGAAAAUCAAUUGCUUUCUAAUCUUGGGAAUCACUCAACUCCUAUCCAGCACAAAUAUGCGCGUUGAAAUUACACAGGCCCCUAUCUGAAAAUG